AUGGAUCCUUCAACUCAGUUUGCCAAGCCUGAAGCUGUGCCUACUCGCGAGGACAUACUUGCGUUCCGUAGAGCUACCUGGCUCCUCGGCCGAUUCAAGGCAGUCAACAGUUCCCACGGGACCACCCUGCGUCUGCCGGAUCACGACGUGAUUACGCAAUCCCUCGAGGGCUCCACGGAAGAACGUCGUUUCAUUCGGAAGCAAUACGAAUUCCUUGAUUGUCUUGCGGGAAUCCUCGUCCGCAAUACCGAGGUGCUGGCGCUGAUUCCCAGUUCCGACGGAGUAUUGCGUACGAAUACGAAGGGCAAAGGAAAAGCCAAAGAUGGAUCAACGAACGUCGUCUACCUUUCAACAAACCCCCGGUUUGAGGACCAUCUGACCGCCCCCGACAACAUAGGAGCUCAAGGGCCGGCGCUACUUGUUGACUUCGACACGACGGUGGUCGACAACUUCGACUUUAACUACCCCGAUGGCACGACGGGUUUUAUCCAUGACAAGUGGGCAAGGAUGACUAUCAAGGAAAUUGGCACCGGCCAGCAUUUCAUUUCAUGCUGUCUCCUCAUCAUCCGGAUGCUCAAGCAAUACUUUUCCGAAAAGGACAGAGUCAAGAAAGAAAAGAAGUCUGCAGCCUUGAAGGACUUCAUCUAUCUCUCAUCUCAGGUCAAGAUCCGUCGUCGCUUCGACGGUGGCACCAUUUACAGAAACUACGUCGCUAUUCUCGCAAAGCCAGUCUCAAACUUGGCGCAGCUUCACCAGGGAGAGGCUCAAUCCGGUGCCAGUGCCGCCACUCCGUCAUCAGGAACAUCACUGUCAGUCGCUGAAGUCAAGGCUCAGGCUGUCCUCGAUGACAAGAAGUUGGAUUCUCGUCCGCUUCCUUUCUUCACAGGCGGUCGGCAGUUGCCCGCAACAGAGCUGGACUCCAAGUUUCGCAGGGGCCAGACACUCAAGCAAGAGGGGGCACUAAUGGCUGUCUAUAAGGAGGCGGAUGGCUGGCGUCAGGAUCGGGUUGGGAGGGACAAGAGGGAGCACGGUCAUACCCUUCCUCUGUUUCAUUCGUGGGAUACAAGUCCAUUGAAUGCCCGCCGGCAGUCCGCAUCUGUCUUUUACGACGUCAAGGGCCGCAACGAGAUGCAGCGCAUUCUGGCUAGCAUUUUUCUAGCCCUCGAGUUCUACCACAAUCGGUUCAAAGGGACUCAGAACUUCGUCAACAGUGUCACGAUGAAGCGCAAGGUUUCAAGGGAGGACGCCAUCAUGAAGUGCAAAGCUGCCAGCGACGAUCUGCAGCGCGCAUACUUUGUACUUGCUGGAAUCCGGCGAGAGUUCCGCGAAGUCCUGGACUCGCACUUUGCAUGGCUCUAG